AUGGCCAAGAAGACCGAUGCUACCAAGCCAGGAAAGAAGGCCUCGUCCUCCUCCAAGACGAAGACUUCUUCUUCCAAGUCCAAGGUUCCAGCUACCCCGUCCACCGCCCCGCCCAGCCGGCUCAUCGGCCUCGUCGAAGACUUCCUAUCCCAGAACUCCCCUUCGGCGCACAAGCUCUUCAAGGAGCAGCGUGAAAAGAAUGGAUGGGAGUCCUCCGCGCAGGCCGCGUCUUCAUCGUCCCUUGUCGACGUAUUCAAGACCUGGGAGGAUUCUCAGCAGCAGCAGCAGCAGCAGCAGCAGUCGUCUGUCAAGGGUGCCGACGUGGACAUGAAGGAUGCUUCCUCUUCCUCUUCCUCGUCCGACUCUGACUCAUCGAGUGACAGCGACAGCGACAGCGACAGCGACAGCGACAGCGAUGACAAGGAGGCACCUGCCACUAAGGCUGGUCUCGGUGCCAAGACCGGCGUGAAGCGCAAGGCUUCCAGCGAGUCUUCCGACUCCAGCGACUCGUCCGACUCGUCCGACUCGUCCAGCUCCGAGGACGAGGACGAUGACAAGAAGGAGAAGGCCAAGAAGAGCAAGCCCCAGGCCAAGAAGCAGAAGCGUGCCUCGUCUGCCUCGUCCUCCUCUUCCUCUUCCUCUUCCUCUUCCGAGUCCUCCGAGUCCUCGUCCGAAUCAUCGGACAGCUCUGACUCCGAUUCCUCCUCAGACUCGGACUCGUCCGACUCUGACAGCGACUCCGAUUCAUCCUCGUCCUCGGAGGAAUCCGCCGUCGACGCCGAGAAGGCCGCCAAGGUUGCCCUCCCCGACUCAGACUCAGGCUCAGACUCGUCCGACUCGUCUUCCGACAGCGACUCAUCCGACUCGGACUCGGACAAGAAGAAGGAGGAGGGGGGGGAGGAGGAGAAGGAGAAGAAGAAGUCCGCGGCCUCCGGCUCUUCGUCAUCUUCAGCCUCCGACUCCUCGGCCACCGUCGACAAGCCCACCGCAUGUUCCGCCGUCGACCCCCCUCUGCCUCCCGACCCCGUCACCGAGGGGAAGGGCAAGAAGAAGACGAACGAGCGCUUCUCCCGCAUCCCCAAGAACGUCCAGGUCGACGAGCGCUUCGCCUCCAACGCCUACAUCCACGUCGACUACUCGCAGCGCGCCCACGAGGACCUCAUCGUCACAAAGGGCAAGAGCUUCACCAAGGAGAAGAACAAGAAGAAGAAAGGCAGCUUCCGCGGCGGCCACAUUGACAUUUCCCACAAGGGAGCUGUCUACUUUGACGAUUAA